AUGAAGGACAUAAUAGACUCGUUGGAAGAAGCAACAACUCAAAAAAGUCUUUUGCAAAAAGAAAACCAGAAAACUCAAGACUUGUUGAAGAAGUUGACCGAAGAGAAUGAAAAGCUAGCAAGGCAGAAUGAUAGAUAUUGGGAGAUGUUGGACAAAGCCUUUGAGGAAGACAAUAUAGCAACAAGGAAGAUACAGAUCUUGCAGAACAAAUUGUUGAAGAAGUGGAAAGCUUUUACAACCAUUGAGAAGGAAAAAAAGAACUUGGAGGACGUCAUUGAGCAGCAGAGAGAAAUGAUACACAAUCUAGAAAAUGAAUUGCUGGAAAUGGAAAGAAAGCUACUCGAGAAGGAUAUGUUGGAUGCUCAAGAGGAUUUACGGAAAGAAGAUGUAGAAAAUAGUAAAAGUGAUGGUGAGGAUGGUAAAGAUGGAGAUGAUGGUGAAGAUGGUGGAGACGAUGAUGAAGACAAAGAAGAAAAACCUGAAGUGAGAACAACCAAAAAAAAGCACACAGCAGCAAGAAGAGAUAAAAGAGGCAGGUCUUCUCAGAAACAGGAAGCAAAGAAACAAUUAGGGAGAAGGGAAAGGGUGAAAAAAGCUGCUGCUGAAGAAGAACUUGAAGAAGAAGUUGCUGAUGAACAAGAAGAACCCACUAAAAAGAAGAAGAAAGGGAAGAAGCAAGCUGUAAAGAGAAAUUCAAUGGUGGAUCGAAUCAAGAACAAAAUAAGGAAGGCUACUGAAGACAAGGACUUCACGUAUACCACUAAAAGAACAAGGAGCGGCAAGAGGCAUUAG